AUGGUCAAACUUGAACCACUUAGCGCUUUGUGGAAAUUUGGGACCGUCAACAAAGACGGAUCUGCUACUGGCGCUAAUGGUUGUAAUGCACUAAACAACCCAAACUAUUUAAUCAACAUCCCCGUUAGCGACGUGUUUUACGAUCCGCCGGUUCCUGCGAUUGGAUAUGUUCCAUUAGCACCUCCUCCUGCUGUAUUGAUGGCUACUAAUAUUACCAUCGACUUAUACGAAGUUCAGCAGACAGUUUUACUUUCUCAGUAA